CCGCCAGCGCCGCCACGCAGCCCGCUGCCCCCGCCUGGGCCUACGAAGCCCGGGUCCCGGCCGCCGCCUCCAGCCCCAGCUGCAGCGGCAGCAGUCCCAGCCUCAAGGCCAGCUAUGAAGAUGGACAUCCCUCACAGUCUGAAUCAGAUGUUCUUCAGAGACAGACGUUCACAGCCUCUCAUCAGCUUCCUGGAUAUGCCACCACUCCUCAAGCAACUGGCAUGCAUUCCUCAGCAGCAACUGAGCUGUUUGUUGCAGGACCCUUGCCAACCACUGGGACACUUCCACCACCAACUUUGUCUGCUUAUCAGCAUUCAUCUACCUUUAGCAAUAGAAACUUUGCGACCACCUCACCUUUGGUGCUUCAAGAUUCAUCUUUUAACACUACAUCAAAUGGAAUUUUAAGCCCUCAUGACCCUUUGCUACAAAUUAAGACUUCCCAGGGAACUGUUCCGACUGCUUUGGCAUUUGAGCGCCUGGGCAGUUCUGCAUUAAGUAACAGCGUACCACCUCAGUCUUCAACAUAUCGCUCAGCUCAAGAGUCAGCACCCCAUCUUUUACAACCUCAAUUUAGUUUGUUGCCUUCAACACUUGGGGGAGCCCAGCAAACCCCUCAAGCCUAUAAUUCAGCUCUUUUUACUAGUUCUGCUGCUUCCAUUGAAAGAGCUCUUCUUCGAGAAUGUAGCGUUAUUAAACACCACCAGCGGCCUUCGGUUACCCAGUCUAUUCAGGCACAACUGACUGGUUCACAGCAUCCCUUACAUAGUUACCUAUCAAGUGCAAGUAUUGGUAAUUUUCAGGAACCAUCCAGGCAGUCGUCUUUAUCCUGUAGUUCAGUUCGAGAUUCUACUCAGGUGAGCAAUGGAGUAUUGCCGCAGAAGACCCCUCAGGUCUCAGCAGAACUGGCUCAGUCUUACUCAUCUGUAAUUCCAUCAUCAGGGUACCUUCCUUCUGCUACAAGAGUAGACAGCUGUUCUACAAAACAGCCACUAACAUCAACUACAAUUCCGAAGCCUCAAAGUGUAAUUCCUCCUGUGCAAACACUAAACUAUUCUAAACCUUUACAUAACCAGAGUUCUGUAAUAUCAGGUCAAGCACAAAUUUAUUCUACAGCACAGCUACCAAGCCUUUUAUCAGUCAGUCAGUCCCAAAAUUAUGGUUUAGUACAGCCACAUAAUGUGCCAUCUAUUGUUCACUCACAGGUUUAUAGGUCCAGCAGGGUUGAGAAAUUGCCAUCCUUAUACAAAACAUUGACUUUUUCUGGGUCAUCUCAGCCUGUAACCUCUGAAAACCAGACACUUAGUUAUUCAUCCAAUCAGCAAGAAGUAUUAUCCUUAGUUACAAAUGAGAAUUAUCCUGCUCAAACAAGAGACCUGCCAUCAGUCAGUGAGUCUCAAAAUUAUUCUUCUGGUCACUCUCAGGGUUUAUCACCAGUUAGCCAAACACAGGUCAGUUAUUCAUCUCAGUCUCAAGUUUUAUCAGUUGUUAGUCCUUCAGAAGGCUAUGCAUCAGGACAGUCUCUGACAUUAACAGCCCCUUCUCUUUCUUAUUCUUCUGCCUCUCGGGGUCAGAGCUUGCCAAUUUCUACCCCAACACCAAAUUAUACUUCUAUGCAUUCAUCCCCAAAUGCUCAGACCCAAGGAUCUUCUCCUCAGCCCCAAAAGUUUUUGCCUGUUGUGCAGUCAUCUUUUGCAUCCUCUACUCGUGGUCAGACAUUACAAAGUAGCAUACCUUCCCCUGAUCCAAAGUCUUAUGCUGAAAGAAAGCUUGACUCAAGCGUGUAUACAUCGUCAAAGCAAGAAGAUUUUCCAGUGCAAAAAUUACAGGCAUUGCAGUCACAAGCAUCUCUUGAAUCAUCAAGCCAAAGGCUACCUGAUGGGGAAGUGAAUGCUCAAGAGUCAGUUUAUAAGACAUCAAAGGCAGAGGAUAGGUAUUCUCAGAGUGUAACCAGAAGUAACUCUCACCUUGAAGACCAAGUUGUUGGAGUUGCUCUCCAGGGUUCAAAACAAGAAGAAAACAUGGUCGGUUCAGUGACACAACUUAACCAGCCAAGUGUCCAGUCCAAUAAUGCAGUAGCCACUGAUCUUAAGAAGGCAACGAAUUUAAUGCAACCUCCACAGGGAAGGUUGAAUACUAAAGACCUCAACCAGCAGCAUUCUCUCAUGCACAAGAUGCAUGAAGCGAAGGUUCAGCAACAGCAUGAUCAAAUAAUGAGUGCCUCAUCUCAGAUACAGAUUCCAAAUCAUGCUUUAGGGCAUAGUCAUCAGGCUCUUCCUAAUACAUCAGUCCUUUUAGACUCUGCCUGUGACUUACAGAUUCUUCAACAGGCUGGAAUUCUACAGGCCAGCCUGGGACAAGCAAAGGCAUCCUUGCAAGUACAGCGUGUUCAGAGUCCGCAACAGAUAGUCCAUCCUUUCCUACAGAUGGAUGGUCAUAUCAUCCAGAGCAACGGUGAACAUCCUCAACAGCAGCUCCAUCCUCACAAUUCUGAUAUUAUGAAACUAGACCUCCCUGAACCUUCAAAACCAUUGCAACAGCUAACAACAAAGGGCCCCUUUAGUGAAGCCAAUCCACAUGACUCAAAGAAUCAGUUUGUUUCUCUUGGAUCAAUAUGCUUCCCAGAGGCAAUGCUUCUCAGUGAUGAAAGAAAUAUUUUAUCAAAUGUAGAUGACAUCUUAGCAGCUACAGCAGCAGCUUGUGGGGUUACACCUUCUGACUUUUCCAAGUCAGCUGCAAAUGAAACCAUGCAAGAUAUUGAAAGUAGUGAUUCUAAGUCUCAUUAUCAGCAGUCAUUAAAUGUCAGGCAUGUGAAUUCAGAUUUUAACUCCAUAACAGCUUCAGUAGGAAAGCCACAGAGUAUUAAUGAUAUUUCCUUGAAUGGAAAUCAGGUUAGUGUAAAUCUUUCAUCAGUACCCACCCUUCAGUCAGAAACAGUUCUUGAUCAACCGCAUAUGGAGACACCUAGUCAAAAUAUACCAACUAAAGUACCUUCUGCCAUGGUUGGACUGGGUCAGGAAAUCCAGGAACAAAGUUCUGACCCAUUCAAGAAACAGUUGACUAUAAACCAUGAGUCUAAAGAAGACAGGGAAAUUGCUGUUGACAGUGCACUGAGUAAUAACAGAAAUCAAGAGUUUGUCUCUAAUAGUCGGAGCAUAAGUGGAGACAGUGUAGUAUCAGAGCGUGACUUUACCCUAGUAGGUGAUGACACUGGUGUGUUGGUGAACCCUAGAAGGAGUACACUUGCACUGAUGGCCAUAUCCCAGCCAGGGGAUGCAGCCAGUGGCAAGACUGAAGAUGAAAAACAAGAUGUAACAUAUUUUAACCUUCCAAAGGAAAAAGCUAAAGGAAAAGAACAAGGUAAAGAGGAAGAAGAUAAUCAAAAACAACUGAAAAAGUCUGCUCAGUGCAAGCGACAGAACCCCAGAGGGACAGAUGUGUAUGUACCAUACACUUCCCCUUCCUUGGAAAGCUGCGAUGAAGGUUUUCAGCAUCAAGAAAAGAUGAGGCAGAAAAUCAAGGAAGUCGAGGAAAAGCAGCCGGAGGUCAAAACAGGAUUUAUUGCUUCUUUUUUAGACUUCCUGAAGUGUGGGCCCAAGCAGCAGUUCUCCACUCUUGCUGUUCGAGUACCUAACAGAACCAGACGAUCAGGAAUGCAAGCCACCCGUACGUUCUGUCCCCCACCUUUUGCAAAGACAUCACCUGCAGCACAAGCACCAUCUGAGACAGGAGGGGUCAGUCUGUCAGAAAAAGCUGACAGUGAACUUAAAACUUUAGAACAAUUAUCUUCAUUUUCUUCUGAUGAGGAAGAUCCUGGCUCAUGUGGCCAUGAUAUCUAUAAGAACACCUCUGCUCCCUUAACUGUGUUGGAUGCUACUUCCGAUAAAACAAAGAAAACAGUUUUAGAAGCUCUGCCUGUGGCAACUCCUGGUGCAUCUGCUGAGACUGCUGGUGUUGCUCCCACUCCCUCCACUGCUGUUGCAACAGUUAAACAAGACCUUCAUUUGACUUCAUUAACUGUCAACACCAUGGAAAAUGUCAACUCCACAGAAUCCCCCACAGCCAUCGAACUUGAUAGUCUUCCUUCAGACCAGUUGGCAAAAGGACAGGACACAGUUGCAAUAGAAGGUUUUACAGAUGAGGAAAAUAUUGAAAGUGGAGGUGAAGGUCAAUACAGGGAACGUGAUGAAUUUGUCGUAAAGAUAGAAGACAUAGAGACCUUUAAGGAGGCUUUAAAUACGGGAAAAGAGCCCCCAGCUAUUUGGAAAGUACAGAAAGCUUUGUUACAGAAAUUUGUUCCUGAAAUUCGAGAUGGGCAAAGAGAAUUUGCAGCUACAAAUAGUUACCUUGGGUAUUUUGGAGAUGCAAAAACUAAAUACAAAAGGAUAUAUGUGAAGUUCAUUGAAAAUGCAAACAAAAAGGAAUAUGUCAGAGUGUGUUCCAAAAAGCCAAGAAAUAAGCCUUCACAAACUAUCAGAAAUAUUCCAUCUAAGCCAAGUAGUGUCAGUAAAACUUCUGACCCACCAGUAUCAAAAACUACAACUACAAAAGCCCCGUCUACAAAACCCAAAGCUAAACAGCUCAAAAUAAAGGCUGAGCCACCACCAAAGAAAAGGAAGAAAUGGAAGGAAGAAUUUUCAUCAUCACAAUCUGAGUCAUCUCCUGAGGUCCGUUCUAGCAGUAGUGAGGAUGAGGGCUUUGAGCCUCCAGCCCCCUCUGUCACUCGUUUUCUGAACACAAGAGCAAUGAAGGAAACUUUCAAGAGUUACAUGGAAUUGCUUGUUAGCAUUGCUCUGGAUCCUGACACCAUGCAAGCCCUAGAAAAGAGCAACGAUGAGCUACUUUUACCACAUAUGAAAAAAAUAGAUGGAAUGCUGAAUGAUAACCGGAAAAGACUUCUUGUGAAUCUUCAUUUGGACCAGCCAUUCAAGAAUGCUUUAGAAAGUUUUCCUGAACUGACAAUUAUUACUCGAGACUCUAAAGCAAAGAGUGGAGGAUCUGCUAUUUCUAAGAUCAAAAUGAAUGGCAAAGCUUAUAAUAAGAAAACUCUAAGGACUUCUAAAACAACCGCUAAGUCUGCACAGGAGUUUGCUGUUGAUCCAGAGAAAAUACAGUUAUAUUCCUUAUAUCAUUCACUCCAUCAUUAUAAAUACCAUGUUUAUCUCAUAUGUAAGAAUGAGAUAUCAUCUGUGCAGAAAAAAAAUGAAGAUUUAGGACAGGAAGAAAUUGUUCAACUUUGUAUGAAAAAUGUAAAGUGGGUGGAGGACCUAUUUGAAAAAUUUGGAGAACUUCUAAAUCAUGUACAACAGAAAUGUUCCUAACAUGUCCACAGAAUCCCACGUUUUUAUAGCACUAAUGAAGUGUGGAAGGCUAGUGUCACAGAUAAUGCAGUCCUCUAGCAGAGGCCUCUUGUAGCAUCCCCCUGCUGUGGGGAACUGUGACCAGACCUUUGCUGCCAUGGAAACCAGUCCUUUUAUCCUAAUGAAUGGUUUUUCUAUUUUAUAAACUGUGGGGUGACUGUCAAAUGAUAAAGCAUGCACUAAGUGUAACUUUAUUGCUAGAGAAAUAACAUUGACAUGAUCUGACUUUUCCCCCAUGACAUGUCAGAAGUAAAGAGACAGCAGAAAGCCUUGUAAGUUGUGGCAAGUGAUCUGGUGUGUGGCAUCCUGGGUAAAAAUGUCUUCAGCUUAGAACAUGAAGCUCAACAGCUGCACCCUGCUCUGUGGACUCCUUUAGCAAGUCCGGGAAACGGUGUGGAGCUGUGCAAUCUGCUUUUUGAGUCCAGUUACAUUGUGAUGGAAAAAAAGUGACAUUAUUUUCUCUGUUUCAAAGAAAAGUAUUUUUGUUUAUAGUGUGUUUUUACUUUGGAAAUUUUUCAACUGUACAUUUUAUUUUACUGAUAGUUGUAUUUUUCACAAGAAAAUGUGGUUUUAAUUGUUCUUUCUGUGCUUCAUUGUUUUCAGUAAACCCUGUGUAGGUACAUGUCAUUUGCAUCAUAGAUUCUGUCUUGUAGUGGACAUUUUUGUUCAUGCCCUUUUGCCAUGUUAUUACUCAGAAGAUUCAUUCGGUGCUAGAAUUAGUUUAGCUUUAUAAAUGGGACUGUGUGAAACACUGCAUUUAAUUUCAUAUUUCAUAAAAUAAAUUUCUUACCAAACUAGCACUUGAUUUAUAACUGAUUUGUCAACGUAAAAAUUAUUGCCAGGCAUAGUAGUGCAUGCCUUUAAUCCCAGCACUUGGGAGGCAGAGGCAGUCAGAUCUCUUGAGUUCAGGCCAACCUGGUCUACAUAGCUCCAGGACAGCCAGAGCUACACACUGAGACCUUGUCCCCCUAGUACCCUCCACCCCACAAAAUUAACUACUGAUACAGUUUGAUGGCCCAGUGGGUAUAGGCACUUGCAGCCAAGCUUGACAACCUGAAUUCCAAGACCCACACUGUGGAAUAAGAGAAUCAACUUCUGCAGAAGUCAUGUCCCUACCCAGAUACACACAUCAGGCUGUAUGCAGUGUUACACACAGCUUUCCUAGCUCUCAGAACUGGAAGUGGAGUUCUCCUUCGGUGCCUUUAACCCGUCUGUAAGCACACUAGUGUAGCUUCCUUACGUUUGAUGGCAUUUCAAGUGGUUUAGCUGAAACAGUGAAUGUAUGACCUUGUGUUGUUUAUUUUUGUUGCCAACAGGAUGCCUUGUUUGUGAAGAUUUAAUAGUGUCAUUCUAAAUGAUGGCCUUUUUUAAGAUUCAGAAGCAGUUGUAAAUCAUCGAACCUUUGUUUAUUUUACCACCAUUUAGUGCCUUACUCCCUAUCUAGAAAGCAGUGUUCCUGUCCAAUGCCCAAAUAAGAAGACGUGCUUACGCGGCAAACCUGUUGUCUUGACUUUGAGAACUGACAAUUCUUACACUUAAAACCUCAGUGAACUGACAAGAAUUGAAGUUAACAUGCCCCUUGGUUUAAGAAUAAAACACUGUUAACACUGGGUUAAAAUGAAUAUCUGAGUUAGGCUUACAUAUUUAUUUCCGGUGAUUAUCUUAUUAAAAGCAAUAUCCUUAGCAUUUUUACCUGCUGUUUGGCUCAGCGGUACCAAGUCAUGGGAAUUUCUCUCGGGGUCAAAUGUUCCAUUUCUGAAGGUUUAGAAGCCUACUUUGUGAACAGAAGUGACCUAAUAGGCUUAUUUUAUGUAACAACAAUGCUGUUGGCAAGAGAAUCCUGAGAUUUCAUUUUAUAAGCAGAGGAGAGCAGGACACAGUCAUAUUCCAUUCUGAUAGCAUUGACCCUGGACGCCGUAUCUUUCUAACAUGGAGCUGACACACCUGUAUACCUUUACCUGUAUCUUGAAUUAAAGUAUACGGUGCAUGUUUGAACUUCUUUUUCAUGAAUAAAUCUCUCAAGGGUAAACUUAUUAAGAAAUACCUAUUUCUUUAUUGGUUUUGUUGUUUAAAGCAGGGUCUCACACUCUAGCCCAGGCUGGUCUAGAACUCACUAUUAGUCCAUUGGCUCCAAAUUCAUGGCAGCCCACCUGUCUCAGCCUCCAGAAUGCUGGGAUCAUAGGCGUGAGCCACCAUGCCUAGCUUUCCGUUCCCUUGUGAACUGCAGUUGCCCUCGGCCUGUUCACAGCUGAGUCCUUGUUGUAAACCAUUUCACAUGUGAAGGCCAGGUCCUGUGAGCUUCCCUCAAGACCCUGCUGCUCAGAGGAAUUUCACCUCUCGUUUAUUCUUACAGCAUAGGAAAUAUCAGCCUCAGGCCUAGAGGAAAGUAGGACUAUUCUAUAGCCACACACCAGUUCUUUCUCUAUAGGAAGCUAAAGAAAUGUUUAGUUGGUUAGUGUUUACAGGGAAUUUGAAAUGUAUGAUAUAGGAAAACAUUUAAAUUGUAGACAAAGAAGUGAAGCACAUGUUGCCAUAAGCUAGGAAAAUGUUAAGAAAGAUUGGAUUUUCCUACUUAUAGAGAUCUGGAAGGUGGUGGGGAUGUGGCUCAGUGCUUUACACUGGCUAGCAUGUCUGAGACCCUGGGCUUCCUCCCCAGCCCUCAUCCCUCAAGCACACAUAGAGAGCUGGGGUAAUUUCAUGUAAAAGUUAUUCUGUGUUGAUAUUUGUUACUACCCCAGAAAACUGGUUGCCAAAGGGGCCUCCUUGCCGUUUUGAUAUAACCUAGUUACUACUUGAUCUCUAAUAAGUCUAAAUUUAUGGUGACUUAUCACAGUAAGUUGAACUAGAAACUGUCCAUUUUCCUAUGGUUUUGCCAAAUUGGAUAUAUUGGUAAGAUAGCAAUUAAUCAUAUUUUUAAAUGUUUAAUAAAUUUUCCUAUUUUUGAAAGUUCUAAAUUUAUUUAAAUUUCUGAAACUUGAAAAUUUAUAGAUGGGAUUACUCAUUAGGGCUAUUUUCAAAGCUUCACAUUUCUAAGCUAAUUUUUUUUAUUAAUUUACCAUUUAUUCUCCUUGAAGCAGAUAAAUUCCAACCUAUAGCUCUAAAGAUACAGCUGUUUGUGUUUGUGUGUUUGUGUCCGUCGCUGAUUCAAAUGAGUGGUUGAAGAAAGGGUCUCCUUCCCGUUUCCUCACAGUCCCCUCUCUCUAUACUGCACCCCCCACCCCCGUGAGAUCUGCACAGGGGUAGUUGCAGAAUGCAAUUCUUUUGGUUUGUUUUAAACGUUUUAGUUUCACAAAAAUGCUUUUCAAAUACAGUGAAAUAGCCCAGGAUGUGCAUUAACUCAGAUACACAGCUGUUGUCAUCUGUGUUCACAAAUGCAUGUUUUUGAAAAUUACCUCUAUAAAGAACAACUAAGGCUAAGGAUACAAAAGCUUGCAUUUGCAGUCCAGAGUUUUCAAUUGGUCCAUUAUACCAUGUAUGGAAAUGUGAAAGACAAUUUUGUAUAUUUGUUACUAACUCAGAUCAUUAAAGU